AGUACUUACUUGCUUCUACUUAUAAACCAACCUAACUUAACUAUCUCAUUCUCCAACAUUAUUAAACAUGAAUAAGAAGCUUUCAAGAAACACAGAGAUUGACACAAGAGCACCAUUUAGGUCUGUGAAAGAGGCUGUCUCUUUAUUCGGAGAUAAAGUUUUAGCCGGAGAGCUUUACGCCAAUGUAACCAAACUCAAACACCAGAUACACGUUGGAGCAAAUGAGAAUGAGGCUGAUCAAUCUUCAAGGAUCGAAAACGUUGCAGCCGAGCUAGAAGAGACGCGGGAGAAUCUAGAGAAAGCUAAAGAAGAAAGCAUGUUAAUGGCACAUUGUAUGUCAUCACUCCAAGAAGAACUCGAACGCACGAAGCAAGAGCUCGAACAUUUGAAGCAACGAGAAACAGAAAAACAUCAAGUGGAACCAACGGAAGCCGAGGACGUGAAGUUCGUGGAGAAUCUAAACACGUUUGAAGUGAAAAGUUCAAGAUUCGACGACGAAUUAAUGAUGGAGUUUCAAAAGAAACGGUACGUGACAUUCGCGAAUCCGCCGUCUGUUUCUCAUGUUAUGUUACCACAAAAUCAAGGUGUUGAAAAAUUGGAAAGGCACCCUUCUCUUAGGAAGAAGAAGAAGAAGUCAUUGAUUCCACUUAUUGGAGGCAUUUUUUCUAGGAAAAAGGGAACAAGCCAAGAAGUUCCAUGAUGAGUGAUGAGUACAAUGUUAGUAUGCAUUACACUAUACCAGAAUAAUUGCCAAUUGGGUUUUGUUUUCUGAGUUUCUUUUCUUUCUUGAACAAGUUUUUAUUUUAUUUUCAUGUCUUAUGUGUAUGUAUCUAGCCGUGUUCAAUAAUAUUCUGUAAAGUUUAGCACAAACUGAGUGAGAUGGUGACUAUUAGAGUAGUGAAAUAUGGAACUUGCAUGUUGUGGAUGUUUCAUGUAACAACAGUUAAAAUUUCACUUUUUUUUAGGUACAAA